AUGAGAGCGAUAAGCUGUGAUUGCAAAGGUGUGCGAAACGAGCGGCAAAACAAGACAACCUUCUUCAUCAUCUUCACCUCGAUCGUCGCCGCUGCUUCGGCCUUCUUGUUCCCAUCUGCCGGAGGCGGUGGUGGAUGCGGAUGCGCUCCACCACCACCACCACCAUGCGGAUGCGGUGGUGCUGCUCCAGCCGCCGGAGGAGGCUACGCCGUUGCUGCUCCACCACCACCACCACCACCACCACCAGCUCCUUCGUACGCUGCCCCAGCCGUCGGAGGAGGCUAUGCCGCCCCAGCCCCAGCCGGAGGAGCCUACGUCGGACGUAAAUAA